AUGGUGGAUUCUAUUAGCCAGAUAGCAUCAGCACUUGAAUCUGCAAAAGCCAUAACUCUGGAGGCUGCGGCUGUUGCAUCUUCUAAACUUGGUGAAUCAUCAUACACACAUUACUCGAAGAAUCUAAGUACACAGCAAUUAAGGAACUUACUUAACUCAAGAAAUUCUAGGGAAGUUAAGGAUGCGAUGAAGAGGAUAUUAAGUAUCUUAGCAUCCAAUGACACAUCGGUAGAUAUUGAAGAAUUUUUUUCCGAUGUUGUUAAAAAUAUCAGCUCAGAUGAUAUCAAGAUCAAACGGAUGGUGUACCUUUACUUACUGCGUUAUGCAGAAAAGGAUCAGAAUCUGGCUUUAUUAUCUGUCAAUGCUAUUCAAAAGACUUUGGCUGACAGUAAUCCAGAUGUUAGGGCAUUCUCACUUAAGGCACUAUCAGACAUCAAAAUCCCAUCGCUGACACCGAUUAUAUUACUUAGUGUAAGGAAGUUGAUAGUUGACCCUUCUCCUACGGUGAGAAGUGAAGUUGCGUGUACUUUAAUGAAGCUGUAUAGGUGGAAGAGAAAUGAAAUAGAAGAAGAUAUUAUGGAUUUGUAUACAGAUCUAAUGUGUGACUCUGAUCCUAAGGUAAUAUCAUCGGUUUUAGUUGUAUUUAAGGAAUGUUUUCCAGAUAGAUUAGAACUGUUGCAUGGCCAUUAUCGUUAUUUUUGUCAAAUCUUAAAGAAACUUGAUUCGUGGGCCCAGUCAUAUCUUGUCGAAACAUUGAUACGAUACUGUAAGAGAUAUAUAGUCAAACCAAUGGUGGUUGAUAUUUCCUCAAAAGAUGUCUCUAGUAAUUGUGUGCCUCUGCCAGAUAAAUAUAACCAGAUUAUUUUCCCUGUCUACGAAUUGAGAAUGGAGAAAGAUUUAGAAUUGUUUAUUAAUAGUCUGAAGGUUCUUAGAUUUAGUACAAGUCCCGUAGUGAUCGUGUCGUGUUGUAAUGCAUUCUUUCAGUUAACGACACCUAAUGAUUUUAGAAACUCUCGUUUCCCAGAGGUAUUAACCAACAUUACUGUUGCCACAUCUAACCUUGGUGUAAAAACCUUUUUACUACAGUCAAUUUUAUUGUAUUCAAAAAUGGAUUCGACAUUAUUUCAACAGUUUAAUAGGGAAUUUUUGCCAUUUCCAAGUGACAAUGUUACCGUCGUAUGUUUAAAGUUACAAAUUUUAUCAACCUUAAUAAAUGAUACGAAUGUUGAGUUCAUUCUUCGUGAAUUGAAAAAAAUUAUAAAGCAUCAAAAAAAUGAAAAGAUUAUUAUUGUUGCAUCCCAAACCAUGGCAUCCUGUGGUAAACUAUCGGUGACACUGGAAUCGCAUAUGAUGAAAUGGUUCAUUAAAGUAAUAGAAUCCGAUAAAAACGGAUUGACCAACAAUGUUUUGGAUUGUUUUGUCAAUAUCAUAAGAGAACUAGUCUCUUAUAAUCCCAGGAGACAUCUCAAAAUUAUUUUAAAGUUGGCAGAUUUAUUAACUACCAAUCAUGUCAGAGCUGAUAAUGCUCGUGCGGGUAUCAUAUGGUUAUUUGGUGAGAUUGCUGGUAUUGAAUACAAAGUAUGUCCUGACAUAGUAAGAAACUUAAUAAAUGGAUUCGUAGAUGAAGGACCUAAAUCUAGAAGACAAUUAAUUUUAUUGAGUGCUAAAUUGGCCUCUUACGAAUAUGAUCAGAAUAAAGAAAGUUCAAAUGAAUCUUAUAAUGUGGAUGACUCUCGUAUUAUGAGAAUGUUUCAAUAUCUUGCAUAUUUAGGUAAAUUUGAUGAUGAUUACGGUGUUAGAGAUAUGGUACGUUAUCUUACAUCACUAUUUGAUAGUGGUAAAUACGAAAUAGCAACAUUGUUAUUACAAGCUCCAAAACUAGAUAUUUGGGAUAAACCAGCUCUUAAUGAAGAUGCUGAUUUUGCAGAGGAUACAGAAGAUAUUGACCAUGACCUAAUUGCCUAUCAUUCUUAUAUCCCCUGGGAUGUGUCAGAUAAUGUAAAUAGUUCAGAAGUAUUAGAUAUCCGUGAAGGUUUACCAUUGAAGGAUUACAAUAAAUUCAAGAAAAGUUUUUCCUCUGAAAAUUAUGUGGAAACUUCAAAUUCAUUUGUACACAACAAUACACCAGAGGAAUUGCAUAAUGAAACUACGAGUACAUUAAGUACCUCUGCAACUAGAAAUAGUUUUACAUCGAAUACAGGCAAGAAGUACAAAUUACAAAGUCUGGAUGAAUUUUUUUCUGAUGUUCCGGCUGUUCCUCAAGCAAAGAAAUAUAGUUCUUUAUCAAAAAAGAAGAAAAUCAUUAGAGUUGUUGAGAGUUCAAGUGAGGAAGAAACCGACCCCUCUGAAGAAGGUGAUGAUGAAGAAGAUGAAGAAGAAGAUGAUGACGAAACGUCUGAGGACGAUUCUGAAACUUCAUCUUCUGGAUUAGAAUCUAGUGAGGAUUAG